AUGGCUCCUAUUCGCAAACCAACUGUUAGAAAAGAGUCCCAUGCAGACACAUGCGAUAUAAUUAGUAGUGCUGUUUCUGAGCCUGUAAAUCAAGAAAAAGAUAAUUUUGAAUUUGAACAGGAAGAUGUUGAAAUGAAUUCUGAGCUUAGAAACCUAAAUGACACAAAUGACAUUUUGGAUAUAUGGACAAGAAACCAACCUUUCUCUGAAACAGAUUGUGUUGACACUUACGAAGAAGAAGAAGAAUAUGAAGAUGAAUCCGAUGUUGAGAUGGACAAUGAUGAAGUUGCUCUUUUUGUCUCACUAUACGUCGUAGAUGAAGGAGCUGUAAUCCUGAUUGCCAUAAUCAACAAGAUCCUGCAGUUUUUGUUUGACUCAUUCCACCUUCCUGUGAGUGUUGCUGACCUCAAACGUUUGGCCGGAUUUGAAGUGUUGACAAGUAGUGUCAAGAAGUAUGUUGCAUGUAGCAAAUGCCAUGCCAUAUAUGAUAAUGAAGCCGCCCCUUUGUGUUGUACAUCACCUAAUUUUGAUAAAACCUCCUUGUGUGGCAACAGCUUGUUUAAGUCUGGUCCCAAGUCAAAAGCACCCAAAAAGACAUAUGUAUUCCACUCCGUCAAGAAAGCCCUAAAGACGUUUUUUCAAUGCCCGGAUUUUGAAAACAAGAUCAACUCAUGGAACUGCGGCCCAAAAAUGAAUAGCACUUUUGUUUGA